GAUUAUUAUCCGUUUUCUUACUGUUCAAAGUUAAAACUCAACGCGUUUUACGCUCAUAAAGACGCUUUUGCCCCUAUCUCUAUCACAAUCCGAUUCCAUCCAAGCUACAUUUUUCCAUUCAUAUCGUAGGUUUCUUUGUGAAUCUUCUUCUUGGGAAUUCUUUCUCCAAUCAUGUCGGUCACCUUGGAUCAUAUGGAUCUCAGUCUUGGAGCAGUACCACGUACAAAUGCUACAACGAACUGGAUGAUCAAUGUUUCGGAUAUAAGAACAGUUAAGGUCAGUAAUAUCUCGCCAUCUGCUUCAGAGAGUGAUAUCAAAGAAUUCUUUUGUUUCUCUGGUGACAUUCAGUAUGUUGAAAUGCGAAGGGAGACUGGAAAUGCUCAAGUCGCUUAUGUUACCUUCAAAGAGUCGCAAGGAGCGGAUACAGCAAUGCUGUUGACUGGAGCUACAAUAAUUGACUUUUCCGUCAAUAUCUCACCGGCUGAGGAUUAUGAGCUACCCCCCGGAGCUCUCCAAUCUAACGUGGAGAAAAAGCCAGAUGCUACGGAUUCUAAUGUGAAUAAGGCUGAAGAUAUGAUGAGCACGAUGCUGGCCAAAGGUUUUAUCUUGGGAAAGGAUGCUAUCAGCAGGGCAAAGGCAUUUGAUGAACGGCAUCACUUGAUUGCAAAUGCCUCUGCUGCAGUCACUUCAAUUGAUGAGAAAAUGGGUCUGCGUGAAAAGUUUAGCAUCGGGACAACCGUUGUAAAUGAAAAGAUGCGAGAGAUGGACGAGCGGUUCCAAGUGUCCGAAAUGACGAAAUCUGCAUUGGCUGUUGCUGAGCUUAAGGCAAGUAGUGCAGGAACAGCCAUCAUGAGCAACCCUUAUGUAUCCACAGGAGCUUCGUGGCUUUCAAAUGCAUUCAGUGUAGUUGCGAGGGCCGCAGAGGACGUGAGCAUGUUGGCAAGGGAGAAGGUCGAAAAGGCUGAGGCAGAAAAAAAGGACAUUAUUUACAAGGAGAGAACAGGGAUCAUCAAUGACUUUGCUCAUCUCCAUCUCGAUGAAACUUCAUCACCAAGCCUAUGAUAGUUCCGACUUGUUGAUUCAACCGAUAGCAAACUGUAAGUAUGGAAUGAUAUGAUUGCUUUUGAAUUUUUUCAAUUUUCCCUUUAAUGCCUUGAUUCUUUCCAUCCUUGCUUGUUGUACAAUACACUGUUACAAGGGAUUAUAAUUGAUUCAAAUAAAUUUUAAAUAUAGAGUUUGUGUAAAA